UUGUCACGACCCAUUGGUUUUCCAUCGGCAACUUCCAAACAAACCCUAACCAAAAAACACAACUCCUAAACCCUAAAAACCCAUAAUAGUUUCCACACUUUCAGAAACCUAAAAAACAGAACAGUCUAUACUUUCGAGCUUUUCAAUCUUUCAUCCAUGGCCGCCAUAGCAAUGGAGGUCGAAGCAGUCGAAGACCAGCAGCAGCUGGUAGAGAUGAACAACAACGUCAUGUGCCAGCUGGCAGACCCAGAGGGGACUCCUCUGGGCCCACCCAUGUACCUCCCUCAAAACGCCGGUCCCAAAGAGCUCCAACAGAUGGUCAAUAAGCUCCUAAACAAUGAAGAAAAGUUACCUUAUGUAUUCUAUGUAUCAGACCAAGAGCUUGUUGUGCAACUUGGGUCAUAUUUACAGAAACACAAAGUUUCUGUGGAGAAGGUAUUGACAAUAGUUUAUCAACCACAAGCAGUUUUUCGAAUACGUUCAGUUAGUCGUUGCUCUGCAACAAUUGCAGGUCACACGGAAGCUGUGCUUUCAGUUGCUUUUAGUCCUGAUGGUAGGCAAUUGGCAAGUGGGUCAGGCGACACCACUGUCCGAUUUUGGGACCAAAACACACAGACGCCACUGUUCACAUGUACAGGUCACAAGAAUUGGGUUCUUUGCAUUGCCUGGUCACCUGAUGGUAAGCACCUUGUUAGUGGAAGUAAGGCUGGAGAGCUUCAAUGCUGGGACCCUCAAACAGGAAAGCCAUCAGGCGGUCCACUGAUUGGGCACAAGAAAUGGAUUACUGGUUUGUCUUGGGAACCACUACACCUGAAAGCUCCCUGCCGUCGUUUUGUAAGCUCGAGUAAAGAUGGUGAUGCACGAAUAUGGGACAUUUCAACAAGGAAAUCUGUCAUUUGUCUUAGUGGUCACACACUAGCAGUAACUUGUGUCAAAUGGGGCGGAGAUGGAGUGAUUUAUACUGGCUCUCAAGAUUGUACAAUCAAAGUAUGGGAAACUUCACAAGGGAAGCUAAUUCGGGAACUUAAGGGCCAUGGGCAUUGGGUUAAUUCCCUUGCAUUGAGCACUGAAUACGUUCUUCGCACUGGAGCUUUUGAUCAUACUGCAAAGCAAUAUUCAUCUCCAGACGAAAUGAAGGAGGUGGCUCUGGAAAGGUACAACAAGAUGAAAGGGAAUGCCCCCGAAAGAUUGGUUUCUGGGUCUGAUGACUUCACCAUGUUUCUUUGGGAACCUGCAGUGAGUAAACACCCCAAAACUCGCAUGACAGGUCAUCAGCAGCUUGUCAACCAUGUUUAUUUUUCUCCUGAUGGGCAAUGGGUGGCAAGUGCUUCAUUUGAUAAGUCGGUCAAGUUGUGGAAUGGGAUUACCGGGCAAUUCGUUGCUGCUUUUCGCGGCCAUGUUGGGCCAGUAUAUCAAAUAAGCUGGUCGGCUGACAGUAGGCUUCUUUUAAGCGGAAGCAAAGACUCCACUCUAAAGGUGUGGGACAUCCGGACAAAGAAAUUGAAACAAGACCUCCCAGGCCAUGCAGAUGAGGUUUUUGCUGUUGAUUGGAGUCCGGAUGGUGAGAAGGUAGCCUCUGGUGGUAGGGAUAGAGUUUUGAAGCUAUGGAUGGGCUAGCAUACAUAGGUCACAACAGGUCUAUGACAUGCUUGUAUAUGAGUGAAAGCACUAUCUAUGCAUCAUAUCUGCAGCUUCCAUGAAGAGAUCACACUGCUUAUAUACAGUUGAAUAGGCGCUACGAUAUGAAGAAGUGCCCCGAGGAUAAGGGUGGCGAGGGUUGCUGGCAAUUACAUAAUGCUUUUAUCGUAAAAGGUGUAUAUGUGAUGUUAUGUUUGUUCUUGUGUAACCUUAUUUUGGUUGUUCGUUGGAAGAGGUUUUUUUUUGGCAUGUAUAAGCGCGAAGGAGAUUUUGAAUUUCCUUUGGUUUAUCCGAAUUAGUUUUAUGGUACUCAAGUCUUUUUAGUUAGAGGCAUCUUGUGUUAUUUUGAUCUGUUUCCAUUGUUGUAGUCGUGUCAAGUGUCUUUCUUAUCUUUGGGAGAAAUGAAAAAUAAAGAGGGAGGCUGUAAUUUGUUUUCAAGUA